CAAUGAAGACACGCUCACAGUUGGCUCGUGCUGCUGCUUGGUGAGGGUGCUUGGUGAGGGUGUGUUGAACAGCAGCUGUGGAACAAUGGAGCUGGUCAAUUCACUCGAGUUUACUACGCUUCGACAAUUCAUCAGCCCGGUAGAACGCUUUGUCGCGUUGCCUGGUGUAAUUGAAGGAUCUGGACACUUACACGUUGUAUGUGGCGAUCAUGGGCAACGGGCUGGUGUCAUCAGGACGUGUAUUGAAUCUCUAAGAGAGGCGAACGGACAGACUGUAGUGGUGGACCUUGGGCUAUCGUCACGCCAUCUGGAGAGCCAGCUGGGUGGGCAUUUUGGUACGGAAAUCACCGUCAGAACAGAUAUAGAGAGCUUCACGCAGCUACUGCGGUGUCUAAUGGAUAUGCUGGAGUACAAGCUGGAUCGCAUGGACCUCCCCUUGAAGCUACUCGUCCUCGAUGACCUCUCCGUGUUCCAUUGGGACCUGCUCGUUGAUGGAACCCUCGAGGAGGAGUACACCGCUCUCGCGAAGAUCCUACAACGGCUCAGACACCAGUUCGGCACGGCCAUCGUCACUACGAGUCUGGGUGUUGAGUUUGAGAGUGGAAUGACCCUCAAGCACCAUCGUCAUCAUCAGAAUAAGCCCGUGUAUUGCCAAUGGAGCUGUAUUCCACCGGUUUUCUUGCAACAAACGCACGAUAUUGUGCUUGCCACCGACGCUGGCCAUCUCCUGUGGAGCAAUGCCAGCUCAUAGGCACACUCACAUGCCAAAUCCCACCGUUAUUCACCCCAUAGAUGCUUCCAUACUGCGCUACCAUACCGGUCUCCCAUGGUGUAAACACAUCCGGACACCACUGCGAUGGCCAAAACACCCGGACAUCUCUAUGUGUGGCCCGUACCAUGUCAUCGCUGAAUUUUUUUUUUUUUCUUUCGUCCCUCGACG